UUACUGCUACAUGUGGCGGCGAAGUAGCUAAUAACAUCACAUACAUAGUUUCUCCUGGUUUUCCUGGACUUCACACUGAUCCUCCAGCCACAUGCGAGAUUAUUAUCAAACAACCGGCUGAGGAAAUUGCACAACUUCGAUUUGAUUUUGUGCAUUUUAAUAUUGGUCAACCCAAUCGUAGUACUGGUGUAUGCGAUGGGGAUCUUUUUACUAUCAGCGGUGGUGCAACGCCGGACUUUCGACUUUGUGGCCAGAACAACGGCCAGCACGUAUAUUUCGAACUGUUACCGUCGAAGAGUCGCGCCGAGAACGGCGACGUCAGACUUUCGUUUAGUAGCAUGGCUCGUAGUUUUCCUCGAAUAUGGGAAAUACGCAUGAUCCAAGUUGCGCCGGAACAACGAGCUCCCAACGGUUGCCUGCAGCUCUACACUGGAGUAAAUG